GCUCAUGAUUCGAUGAACGUCACCCUGCCGCAGAGGGCUUGGUCAGAUCCAUUAGAUCUGCAUUGCAGAUCAUUGCACUCACGACGACGAUCACGACUGACAAGGCGAUCAUCCAGGAUCUUGAUGAUGAUGCGGAGUAGGAGGAGCGCUAUCUAUUUCUUGUCUUUCAACGUGAUCUAUCAUCUUAAAACCAACCAACUUCUUGUCCUUCAACUUCUUUUCCUAUCUACUUCCAACAAUUUUUACAGGACCCCAUAGCUCCCUCUUCUAGCAGCUGCCAGAAAUUUGUAUGUGACCAGGCCAAAAGGAAAAAAGGAUCUCAUGAUGUUUAUUCUCCCCGGUGUACUAGAUGCACGAGUUGUAUAGGCGCGUAGGCCCCUCGUCCCUGUUUUCCAUUUAUUGUACGCAUAUAAAACGAUCUACGUUUUCUUUUUCAUCAUCGCGACUUCUCUUCAUUCCAACUACUGGAACCACGACAAGAAUGAUCUCGGGAAGCACCACAUCAGCUGCGGCGAGCGGCAACCCAGGAGGGCGUGCUGGCUCUCCGGAACACCAGCCUACCUUCGAUGCCUCUUUCGACGCGGUGCUGCAAAAAAUUCAACAGGAAUUAGCUUCUUCGCAAAACAGCGAAACGCUCGCGGCCCUGCUGGCGAAGUCAAAAGUAGGUGCUGGUCGUUAUACAGCUGCGCAGGCGAAAGCUGCAACACGACCAGAGGAACUGAUGAACUCAGAAGUUGAUGCCCUCGACUCCUCGUCCUCACCAUCUACUUCGCCAGCUGUUGCUCAAGAAAAAUCACAACUAGAGGAGAAGUUUAUGCCGGCGAACAUUCUGGCGGCGUUUCUCGAAAGGAAGAUGCUGAAGGAGAUUUUGGAAGGUCAGGACGGGUUGUUUUCCAAAACCUCAAACACCGCGAGCGAAGCGCUGGAAUCGGGCUUCAGUCCGUCUUCUACUUCAGAUGGAACAAACGGAGAUGCGGCCACUACAUCCGAGGAUGACAGUACUGAAAUGUCGAGAAGACAAGCUCAAUCACCGGGCGCUACCGCCGCUUCUACAGAUAGAAGAAAUCAUAAAUCCGGAACCACCAACCAGCCCAACAACAAAGCUAAACCGCAAAACCUCAAACCAGUGAAAUACGUCUUCGACGCGAACGACCUCAACACUUUUUUCUCCGAAGAGGGGUGGACGAUUUUGCUGUGGCUCGCCCACUAUGAACUGCAAAAGUAUCGUACUAGUACAAAUUGAAAUUGCAUUACAAAUUUGCUCAGCAUGAGAAAUGGAAUUUGUCAUGCUGUUUUACUUUGAAAAGAAGAUUUGUCAUGCAUAUACUGCAAUUAGUACGACUACGAUACUUUUGCACAGGAUACCCAUCUAGGCUGCAAGGAAGAGAAGGACAGCAUUGACGACUGCGGGAAGGUUAUCCUGAGUAAAAACGUACCCACACCAGAGUCAAGAUGGAAAAUCUGCUAGACAAAUCGGCCAACUUUGCUUGUUUCGCAUGACAAAUUUGGACGCGUAGUGUAGUGCUCUUUGAGCUAGUUCAGCAGCAUUACAGAUCUAGUCUCUCAUGCUGAUUGGAGCAUGACAAAUUUCAAAACACCCUUAGAAAAUGCUUCUCAUGGGGCUCCGCACGACAAACGUUUUAAGCAUGCAGAUUUGCAUGACAACUCUGGUGUGGGUACGUUUUUACUCAGGAUAAAGGUCGGAUGCUGCGAGGUGGAGCAGCAGAAGACCCCGAAACAAUUCCUCAACCAAGUCUAUAGUUUCACAGAAGCACUGCUGCAGGACUACGCACCAAUCUUAGACGUGAAUACUGGUGGUGAGUACGAUAAAGUCAGACCCUUGACGUUCGCUAUUGACGGUGCGAACGAGGAAAUGACGGAUUUGUUUCUCAAGUACGGCGCGGAUCCGUUUUUGGAAGAUGACGAAGGGGAGUGUAGUGUGGAUUUGGCUGCGAAAUUACUCAAAGAGCAGCUGGAGAAAGAACAUCAAGCGGAAUCUGUCAUGCAAAAUGGCGAUAUUGGAGGAGGAAUUAGAAUUACAGCAGGUGGACACGAAGAUGACGAUGAAAACCUGGUCUGCGAUGUUUCUGAAGUUGCGGACAUUCGAGAUUUUGCCCAGAUGAGAGGCGGGUUCUCAACGGCUGGGGUGGUGGGACAGAAGAAUAAAGAGAAGGAUGGUAAUAUUAACGAGAAAAAUCACGGUACAACUAGCGACAAAGACGAAAGUGGUCCGGUCUUGGACUACAGAUGGUUGAGGAAAUACUCCUGGGUGCAGGAAAGGCUUGGCGGGAUGAAAGAAAAAUCAUGAUACACACAACUUCAUUCGUCCUUGUGCCAGCGAGAUCAUUUUCAACACCCUUUCGAAAGACAAAAAUGAAAUGAAAGACGCAACGAUAUUCCAC